UCAAGAUAUGUAAAUGCUACAUUGCUAUUCUAGAUUCUCAAUGCAAUAAAGACUUAAAGAGAGAAAUAAAUUCAAAUGUGAAUCACAUCAAUAAAGUACUUACGUGUACCAAUAGCUGUCGCCACCACCAUCGAAAUAAUAAUAAUCCAAAUCUACAAGAAAAUACCACAGAUUCCCAGAAAGCAGCAUAACAGUAGUUGCAUUGAGUUUCUAGCUCUUUAUCUAAGAGAGAGAGAGAGAGAGAGAAGAUGUGGAUUUUCGGAAGGAAAGGGCCGUCAGGAUUUUCAGCCUGCUCUACUGCAGAGGAAGUUACUCAAGGAAUUGAUGGCUCUGCUCUCUCCGCCAUCGUCACUGGAGCAUCAAGUGGCAUUGGAGCAGAAACUGCUAGAGUCCUGGCAUUACGUGGUGUUAAUGUAGUUAUGGCAGUGCGUAAUGUGGAGAGCUGCAAAAAAGUCAAAGAAGCAAUAAUCAAAGAGUCCCCUAAAGCUAAAAUUGAUGUUAUGGAACUAGAUCUUGCCUCUUUGGCAUCUGUUAGGAAAUUUGCAUCGGAAUACAACUCUUCGGAGCUUCCCUUAAACCUCCUCAUUAACAAUGCAGGGGUUAUGGCUACACCCUUCAUGCUUUCACAAGACAAUAUAGAAAUGCAAUUUGCAACGAACCAUCUAGGUCAUUUUCUAUUGACCAAUCUUCUAUUGGAAAAUAUGAAGAAGACUGCACGUGAAAGUGGAAAAGAAGGAAGAAUUGUCAAUGUUUCAUCAGAGGCCCAUCGGUAUCCAUAUCGUGAAGGCAUCCGCUUUGAUAAGAUCAACGAUAGUUCAAGUUACAAUAGCAUACUCGCAUAUGGACAGUCCAAGCUGGCUAACGUAUUGCACGCUAAUGAACUCACGAGGCUCUUUCAGGAAGAAGGGGUGAAAAUAACUGCUAACUCACUACAUCCGGGAGCAAUCGCCACCAACCUUCUGCGGCAUCAUGGCCUCAUCGAAGGCUUAGUUAACUGGGUUGGUAAGUACUUCAUCAAAGAUAUUCCUCAGGGAGCAGCGACGACAUGUUAUGUAGCUUUGCAUCCAGCAGUUGAAGGAGUGAGCGGUGAGUAUUUUUCGGACAGCAACGUCGGGCAGCCGACGAAACUGGCCACGGAUGCUCAGCUGGCUCAGAAACUGUGGGACUUCAGCUUGAAAUUGACGAACCCAAAAUAGUUCCACUUUGAUUCCUCGAAUCUUGUUGUCAUCACCUGUGAAAUUUUCAUCACAUGUUACUGGCCUGCCACAAUUUUAUUCUCUUCAUAGAUAUAAACAUUUGAUAUAUUUCCUGA